AUGGCGGAUCUAGAAGGGCAACAUGAAAGUGACUCCCCGUCAAUCAAGUCCUUCUUGGCCCCACUGGUCUUGGACGAUGCAAAGGUCUACGAUAUUUCCUAUCGUCUGUCCGAGGUUUUCCGGGACCUGGCACGCACCGGAGAUGGCCACUUCUUCCCUACUCCUGUAACCCACCUGCCCAGUGGCAAGGAGACCGGCUUCUACUUGGCCGUGGACGUGGGGGUGACAAAUUUGCGUGUCGCCUUCAUCGAGUUGCUGGGUGACUCCUCAGGCAGCCCUGGCAACGGCUCCUCGUCGAUGCCGACGGCGGAAUCGUACAUAGCGCACAAUGCGAUUCCCAAGGUAUGGCAGAGACGAGUGAGGAGGACGUUAGAGAAGGCGUGGAGGAUUGAGGAGCAUCUGAAGGAGGAUCCGACCGAAGAGCUGUUUUCGUGGAUCGGGAGCUGCAUCGCAGACGUCGUUGCGGAUGAGCUGACUUCGCAUAGCUCGGAGUUCCCGGCGGAGCUGGAGACAGGGUUGUCCUUUAGCUUGCCGAUGAAGCAAAAAUCGCUGAGCGAAGCUACUCUGAUGCCCGUUGGAAAGGCCUUCUUCAUCAGUGAAGAUCUCGACCUGCGACAAGCGCUGCUCGCCGGCUACGAGCGCCAUACGCGGCGAACAGACUCGAUCGAGCCAACAGCCAAGCGCCAAAAGAUUUACGAACUGCCAAAGUUAAAGAUCGUCGCCAUCACGAACGACACGGUUGCAACAUUGGUCUCGUUGGCGUACUCCGUCAAAUCGCUGCCGAACACGCGUGUCGCGAUGGGCAUCAUCGUCGGAGCCGGAUGCAAUGCCACCGUACCCAUGAAGCUCUCUGACCUGCACGAAUCGAAAGUUCGCCAGAUACGCUCUUAUAACCCCGAUGCAACAGAAGCCAUCAUCAACACAGAAUGGACUCUCCGCGGCACCGAAACUCCACUACAGGAACUGGGCGUGGUGACAAAAUGGGACGUCGAGCUCGACUCGAAGACCCAUCGUCCCGGCUUCCAGCCGUUCGAGUACAUGACCGGAGCACGCUACAUCGGCGAACUCGUGCGCAUCAUCGUCUUUGACUACUUCACCAACGUCGCCGGAAUAUCCAAGCAAGAUCUGCCACAGACAUUAACAGAACCCUACUCACUCACAACCGCCCUCGUCUCCGACGUCAUCGCCACUUCCCGCUCAGACAUCACUCUUGCAUCUGAUCUCGCCCGCAGCCUUCCCCCCCCGACAUCCAGUUCCUGGAGCUGGACUCCCGAAUCCGCCGUCGUCAUGCGUGCGACGGUAUCAGCCGUACAAACUCGCUCUGCAGCACUUAUCGCAGCAGCUUCCGUCGGCUUGCUGGCAUGCAACCACGAAAUCAAACUUUCCGAGAAACCGGGAUCGACAUCUGGUAGCCCGACGUCGACCCAACCCACCGGACAGAACCCGCAAGAUCAACCUGAAGCGAUAUGUCCGGGAUCAGGCUGGCACAGCGGCCCCGAGGAAUUGGUCGUCGCAUAUACGGGGGGUAUCAUCCAGCAUUAUCCAAAUUUCAAAGAAAUGUGCCAGGUAUACAUCGAUCGAUUAAUCAUGAGAGGCGGCCCGCAGGAGGAAGGAAAAAGUGUUUUUCUGAGGGAGGCGAGUGAUGGAUCUAUCAUCGGGGCGGGUGUGCUGGCGGGGAUGGUUUCGAGGAAGUGAGACGAAUGAGUGCCCGGGCUCCAUGAAAGUUCUACGGUGUAAAUAAUGUGUAUAUAUCAACAAAACUCUUGAUUGAAGCUUUGAAGGAUUUGGAUUUGGGGGAUAAAAAUUGUCCCUUGGGUACGCACAUAUACACCGGUUUGUCGACAAGCCAUGGUUGCUGUUCUGUGAAACAUUGAUGAGCAC